GACACCCUUCCUCUCGUCGCCCACGGCCCACCUCACAGUCACGGACGCCUUCGCGGUGAGCCGCGACGGCUCCCUAACGUAAACGCCGGCGGCGCGCGCGGAAAGCUGCACGGCAGCACGGGCGCGGCCUCGUCUCCGCGCCUGGGCUGCAAGGGCGGCGGCUCGGCGCGGUGGGAGGCGGGGGGCGGCCAUCCGGUCAGGUCCAGCCCAGGACUCCAGGUGACCAGGUCGGCAGGUCCGCGCUCCGCAACGGUUCUGGCGUUCUGCGGCUGAGUACAGACGACAGAGGAAUUGGGGAUUUACAUUAGCGAUUUACAAGGCAACUUGGAAGACAAGCAGGGUUUCAUCCCGCAAUGUCAGCUCCCAACAGCGAUAGCAACAUGCAGCAGCUAGUCCCUAUAGCACCACCAGGAAAGGCUUCUGGUGGUGACAGUGAGAAGGGGCUGGUUGUGGUGGAUCUUGCAGGUAAGAGAUCAGGAGGUGUAAAACUACGAGAGGAUGAGGAAGACCUGGAGGUGAAGCUCAGGCGCAUCAUGGAGAAUGUCCCUGUGCGUGUCAGUAACACAUCAGGGUCCUCUGCUGGCUCUGGCUCUGGUGAUUUCCACCAGUAUCGGCAAAUGAGGAGGAGAGAGCAGGACCGGCUAGCUCGAAUGGAUGCUGACUACCAGAAGAGAAAGAAGAUGGCUGAGUUCGAACUGCGGAGGGAGGAGAGGAUGAAAGCAGCUGAGGAGCGGACAGCCAAGAAGCGCCUGAAACGGCAAAAGAAGAAGCAGCGUAAGAAAGAGAAGAGAGCUAAAACGGGUAAUAACGGUGGUGAUGAACCUAACAGAGUGGAGUCUUCUGAUGACGAUCACGGUUCGGAUGACGAUGAUGAGUCCAAGCAAUGACACGUCAGUUGCAUCUGAAGAUGAUUUCGGACACUGGUUGUCUGGGCAUUGAACUAACGUCUGUAUGGCCGUUGUAACAGGUUACAGGCCGAAUCUGGUGCUCUAUCUGUAAGAGGACGUGAUAUUUUGAGCAGAGAAUGAUAGCACUAGAUAAUUUCAUGUUAGUGUUCAUCAUUAAGGUCUUAUUCGUUUACACAAAUUCAGCUCUACAUUAGCAUGGAUUGAUGUGAGGUAUGGAUUUAUCUAAUCUAAACCUAGAUUAAAUCUAUGAUGUGAUUCCAUACCUUGUAACCGAACAAGUCCUAAGAGAGCUAGAAUCAUAUCGUGUGCCUGCGCGCUUAGUG